AUGGAGCUUGCAAAGCUUACAGGCAUCAAAGGUGUUGCGGUACCAAACCGGCCAGCACCGCCACAAAGCCCAGGAAGGACCAAGAAGGCCAUUCCAAACGAUUUUCUCGUUGCAAAGCCGAAGUCGGCUCUGGAGCGAACCCUGAACAGCACAUUGGGACGAUCCUUGACGGUCUUUGUCACAGUCGUGAACUUUGUCGUGCUUCUCUGGAUGACCACGAUUUGGAACUCCCCGCAGAUGUGGCUGUCAGGCCAAGCUUUGCCGGUGGCGUGUGCAACCUUCCUCGUCGGCACUCACUUUUACACUGCUGUGCCAGUGCUCGCUGGAUACUCUGGCCUUAUGGUCCCAGAGACUGGUGUAGACUGGAAGACCUACUUCGUGCUCUAUCGCAUGUCUUACUUCACUUCUGUCCCCAGUGUCUUUUUGAUGUACUUUGGACCAGGUGAGCGGUCCGCCUUCGGAGAGGCUGAGGGAGGCAUCGAGGACAUCAGCUUGACGGAGCUGACCCAAGCCUCCUACAAGUACUUCCGUGCCUACGACGGCUUUGUGGCCCUGAACCUGACCAAGGGCAUCACCGAGACCCUGGAUAAGACCGUUCACAACCGUAAUGUCCCCAGGCUCAGCCGAUACCGAGAUGCAGAGGUGGUGAACAACAGGGAGCCCUUUAGCAACGAGCAGGAGCCGACGGUUCCCCCGGGCUUCAUGGAGACCUACCGCAUCGCCCCGGUCUUCCUGCAGUGGGCCCCUUGCACCACACGGUAUAGGAUAUCUGCAGGCUGCUUGAACCAGAACCAAGUCGUUGGCUGGGCCAUGGCCCAGUCCAGGGCCCUUUGUACCAACUUACGGAUGGUCAGCUGCCGCCAGCAGAACCCUCUCCUGGAUCCGAUCUAUCGCUGCUCCAGCAACGCCACAAAAGGAGCGGUUUACAAGGGCAGCAUCCAAGGCCUUUGUGGCCGGAGCGUGCCCCCUCCCAACCCUCAGGUCAUCGAUGAGUUGUCGGCCCUUCUGUUGCUGGAUGGCUGGCCGGAGAGUCGACUGCCGAAUGUCUCUCAUGGCUGGUAUGACGUGUGGCCUGAGGCUUGUGUUCACAACUCAGCUGGCUGCCGCGCGCACUGGGCUUUGCUCGAGAAUCUGGGCCUGGCAUUCAGUGUCAUCACCAUCACUUUGGCAGUGCUGCCCUUGUUGAUCGACUGCUCAACGGACUCGCGCAUACGGCAGGCGAUGGCAUUCCAAGAGGAGUGCAAGACGCGUAGCAAGAAGGGGGCCACCAUCAUGUUCUGA